UUGUACCCAUGCGGAUUGCGGCAUAAACGAUUUUCACGAUUCUGUGAAUAAAUAAACAAAAAUGAAUUAAAAGUCAUUUGGUAAAAUUUAAUAACUCAAGAAACUGAAUUUGUGCUAUUAAUUAUCUACCUAAACAAAGAGAAAAAUGGAAUUCAUACGUUCAGCAUUUGAAAGUUUGCUUGAUCCAAAAGUUGGAAUACCAUACGCGAUUAUAUUCGCCUAUAGUGUUUAUUCGUUAUUUUUAAAGAAAAAUUGUAACGAAAGGUCUAAUGAAAAUGUUAAAUUUCCCAAAAUGACAAUAAAUUCUACUGACGAUGACGAUUAUAAAAUGGUUUUGGUAAUAAGAAAAGAUUUAAAAAUGGGAAAAGGAAAAGCUGCUGCUCAAUGUGCUCACGCUGCUGUGGCAUCGUACAAAAUUGGUUUGAAAACACCUGAAAUUUUAGAAGCCUGGGAAGAUUGCGGUCAGAAAAAAAUAACAGUACAAGUUGAUGAUGAAACGGGAUUAGUGGAAGUUUACAAACACGCAAAGUCUUUGGGCAUCAUUACAAAUGUGAUACAAGAUGCAGGACGUACGCAAAUUGCAAGAGGAAGUAAAACUGUGUGUGCAGUUGGUCCGGGACAUUUUGAAAAAAUUGACAAAGUAACUGGUCAUUUGAAAUUAUACUAAAACAUAUUUUAAAAUAUAAAUUUUUCUACCGCAAA